AUGUACAAACGAAAUACAACAUCAUUAAUUGUGUUAUUAUCACUUUUGGUGCUCUUCUAUUUUGCUUUCUUAACCACAUAUGUACAAUCCGCGUCGUGUGGCCCUAAUGGUGAUAAUUCACCAUGUCUUACUGGAUCCUGUUGUAGCAAGGAUGGCUCUUAUGCUUGCGAUAAGGAUUGUAAUCCCAAAUAUAGAGCCCGCGGGGAGGCAAUAAUAACUGUUAGUGCUACAACCAUGGUCCCCAGUCCAACGAAAUUAUCUGAAGCAA